AAUUGAAAGAAGAAGUUGAAAAACAAUCAGAAGAGGAGGACAAAAAAGAUGCUAAAAUUGAUAAUUUAAAAAAGCAGGUUAAAUUACUCCGAAAUAAAUUGAAAAACCUCCGAGAAAAACAAAAAUCAACUCCUCAACCGGAAAUAGUUCAGAAUCCACUAGUGCUUUUAGCCCACCAAAAUCAGUUGGAUUCCACUUUCUCUAAUCCUGACUUACUGGAUUAUCCGAUGUGUCUAACCGACAAAGAAUUAGAAAAUGAAACUUUACCGGGGAAUGAGUUUGUUUUACCCGAACACGGCUCGGCUAGUUCCAUUUCAUCGUGUGG